AUGGCCCAAGGACCAAGGGCGGCAAGUCCCCAAUCUGAGGUCGAUGUCCUCAUCAUCGGUGCAGGCCCGGCAGGCCUGAUGAUGGCGAACUGGAUGAGUCGGUGUGGGAUCCGGACGAGAAUAGUGGACAAACGAGGCACCAAGAUUUUCAACGGCCAAGCAGACGGACUGCAAUGCCGGACGCUCGAGAUCUUUGACAGCUUCGACUUUGCACACCGGGCUUGGAUCGAGGCAAACCACAUGAUUGAAAUCUGUCUGUGGAAUCCCGACCCGCAGACGGGUGUCAUCCACCGCUCUGACCGCAUCCCGGACACCAUCCCGAACAUCUCGCGCUUCCAGCAGGUGGUCCUCCACCAAGGACGCAUCGAACGGUUCUUCCUCGACUCCAUUGCCGAGCACAGCAAGAGGACACUCCGGGACGUGCCGGGCUGGGAGGAAGGUAUCAAGGUCGAGCACGGCGUCAUGCCCGUGUCGUUUGAGUUUGACGAAAGCCUCGCCGAAGAUAACGACGCCUACCCCAUCACCGUGAAGCUCCGCCAUCUGAGCGAGCAAGAAGCGACCCCCAAGCAGGCCGCCACCAGCGUCAACGGCUCCGGGCUGCAGGACGGGCUGUUCCGCAGCAACCUGUCGCCGGACGACACGCAAGAGCUGCUGGAGAGGUCCAAGGUGCUGCGCGAGAAGGAGGGCCGAGAAGAGACGGUCAAGGCCAAAUACAUGCUUGGGGCCGAUGGCGCCCACAGCUGGGUCCGCAACCAACUCGGCUUCAAACUCCAGGGCGAGUCCACCGACUACAUCUGGGGCGUGCUGGACAUCAUCCCCAUCACCGACUUCCCCGACAUCCGCAUGAGGUGUGCCAUUCACAGCGAGAGCAGCGGCAGUGUCAUGGUGAUCCCGCGAGAGAACAAGCUGGUCAGACUCUACAUCCAGCUGACGACGAUGGAGAACGCGGGGGGUGGCCAGAGGGCGGACCGCAGCAAGAUCAAUCCCGACACCAUCCUGGCCAGUGCCCAGAGGAUCAUGAAGCCGUACAAGAUCGACUAUCGCUACUGCGACUGGUGGACGGCCUACCAGAUCGGACAGCGUGUCGGGGACAGCUUCAGUCUGAAGGAGAGGGUCUUUUUGGCGGGUGACGCCGUGCACACUCACAGUCCCAAGGCCGGUCAAGGCAUGAAUGUCAGUAUGCAAGAUGCCUUCAACCUCGGAUGGAAGGUCGCCAGCGUCGUCAAGGGCACCAGCAACCGGUCGAUCCUCAAGACGUACCAGUCGGAGCGGCGACGAAUCGCACAGGACCUGAUCGACUUCGACCACCGGUUCUCGCGGCUGUUCUCGGGGCGGCCGGCCAAGGACGUGCUGGACGAGGAGGGCAUCUCGAUGGACGAGUUCAAGAACGCGUUCGUCAAGGGCAACCUGUUCGCCAGCGGCGUGGCCGUCGACUACGGCGCGAGCGUCAUCGUGGCCAAGUCCGGCGACAGCACCGAGCAGGGCGACGGCACCGAGGUGCUCGGCGAGGAGCGGCUGCGCGUCAUCAGCACGCAGGACCGGGCCGUGGAGAUCAAGGUCGGCAUGCGCAUGCCGUCGUUCAAGGUGCUCAACCAGGCCGACGCACGGCCGUGGCACUUCCAGGAGCUGCUGAAGAGCAACGGCACGUGGCGCGUGGUGGUGUUUGCGGGGGACAUCGUGGCCGACCCGGGCCAGCGGGCGCGGCUGGACCGGCUGGGAGAUCAGCUGGGGGCCCCGACGUCGUUCCUGAAGCGAUUCACGCCGCCGGGGGCGCGCUACGACUCGGUCAUCGAGGUGCUGACGGUGCACGCGUCCAAGCGGCCGGACGUGACCAUCUUCGACUUCCCCGAGGUGUUCCGGCCCUGGGACGCGCGCGACGGCUGGGACUACUGGAAGAUCCACGCCGACGACGUCAGCUACCACGAGGGCUUCGGCGACGCCUACACGCACUACGGUGUCGACCGCGCCCGCGGCUGCGCCGUCAUCCUCCGCCCGGACCAGUAUGUCAGCUGGGUGGGCGACAUGGACGACUACGACAGCAUGGACAAGUUCUUUAGUGGGUUUAUGGUUGAGCAGGGGAAGAAACAAGGUCAACAACAACAACAAGACGCAUUGAAGACAAGGACCUCGGAGGAGAAGGAGGGGACCAGCAAGGCUUCUUCACUCAAGGACGUAGCAGACGGGACGGUUAUCCAGGCGACGGAUGGCGCCGUGGCCGGUAUGGCGGCAGCAUGA